AAUCCAGAGAGAGAGAGAAAGAGAGAGAGAGAGAAUCCGGGGUUCCCUUGCAGUGGUCUCUCGUCGUCAUCAUUCGGGUCUGAACGUCCUGUCGAACAAUACGCUGUGUGUGUGUGUGGUGUGUGCGAGCGCUCCCAAGAAGACACAGUAUACGCGCUCGCGCUGAUAGCACCAACCAUCAUCGAUAAAAGUAGUUGAGAAAUAUUAGUACGAAAAACUGCCGUCACCGGAAUCUCGAUAUUUUGCCUCUUACGCUGUGCUGUCUUCGUUCGUUUCUUUGGCUCAACUUCGUCGGAUUGUGUGUGAUAUAUUAUAUAUAAAAUAAAUAGAAUUCGUUUAACCUUGUGUGUGUAUACGUAAGUGUAAGAGGUUGAUUCAUGCUGUGUGCACUUGAGGAAAAGAAGAAGAAGGAAGGAAGGAAGCGCUGUUAAUCGUUCUGAUUGUUUUAGUGACAAGUGAAGUGCAUUUUAAUUAUUUUAGUCUUUUGUCUGGCCAAAAGUGAAAUCAUAGUCUGAAGGUGUAUUGUGAUAUUUCUGGUGCAGCGAGUCAUGAGCUCAAAUAUAGCCUAGAAUGUUGGGAAAGUCUGUAAAUGGUAGGAAUUGCGUUAAACGCUGUUUAAGUCAUUAAUUUAGGAAGAUCAGAUGGAAAAAUGCAUUUCCCAACAAUAAAAUCGGACAAUGCCGCUCGAGUGUUGGUUUCUAAUAGUUCUUGGAUUACCCUUGCAACCAUGCUAGCAACCCCGAAAGGAUCUCCAAACAUGCAUAGGCCUAUUACUCUAGGAUACACCCACUAAUAUACCCAAGCCAGAUUUCCGGCUACGUCAGUGUUGUAGGAAACAUGAUUGGAGGAGCGUGUCAGGGAGCCACGCCCACUAGUUUGCCACAGCCAAUAGGAGCAGCCCUUCGACCUCCAUGGCCUUCAGCUACUAUUGAAGGCCUGGCGCCAUACGCUGGCUUGUACUCGCUGUUGACUGUGUCAGCGGCGGCCGCCACCCACGUUACAACUACCACAUCCGCCGUCAGCGCCACCGCCGCCGCUGCCCCCAGGAGCCCUGCUCCACCGCCCAUGUCUCCAUUAGGAGUACCCAUCACCACGCCCAUGGCAGGAGUCGUGGCCACUCACGCCGUCCUUGCUCAGCUCCACGCCCUUUGUGUCCAGCAGAAAGAUGGUGCUUUGGCAGGUGCUCUGCCUCCCAUUUUGCCAGCAGGACAAAUGACAGUGACACCUACCAUGUUGGAAAGUAUCUCACGGCCCUCACUUUCUGUACUAAACAACAAUGAUAAUACAAUCAACAACAACAACAGUAGUUGCCCCAAGUCUACUUUCAGUGUUGUUACUACUGUUCCUGCAAGCAGAUGUGUUACUGUAGGAAGCAGGGACGAUCUGAGAAUGUCUUCUGUUUCAAACGUUAGCAAAGGACCCAUAGUGACAUCGAAAGCAGCUCCCAGGCUUAAUCAUAAGAAGCCAGCACCACUCUUAACAGUUUCAGGUAAAGUCAGUGGUUGUGUCGCUGGUCCAGAACAAGCCAGUGCUGUCAUGUUAAAAUCUAGUUUAAUUUGUGCCAAAGAAGAAAAAGACAAAUUGAUAAGUGUUCCAAACACUAAGAAAACUGUUGAACAGCCACUCGUCUGCAAAAUGACAUCAAGAACUCUAGGCUCUCAGCUUCCAUCGUGUCCAGUGAGUGGCACCAGUGGAGUAGGAGGAGAUUCAGCAGCGCCUCCUUUAGCUCUCAGGGGCAGUUUGUCCCCCAUGGCAACUUAUCGUGAUUCUGAAACCUCUUACGCUGUUAAUAAUGUACCUGUUGAUGAAAAAGACAUAGGGAAAGUUAUUCAGAAUCACAAAAUGUACGCUCCACAGGUGCCUCAUGGUAAGACUCACUUGAAGUCAUCUGCUGCAGAUCUCUACAGAACCAGUGAACCUAAGUCAGCUGUUGCCUCCGAAUCUUUAGUCUGUAAUGGGACAAAUAACAUAGCUGAAGUGACCCCAGCUAUGUCAAUACCUUCAAGUUCGACAGGUUUAGAAUGUAGUGAUUCGUUUGCAAUAGUGAAACCCAAGGUUGUUGGUGUAAGCACGAUAGUUUCACCAGCUCAUCAAUAUCAGUCAGUUUGUGAUUUAAGUAUUAGGUCUGAAAACAAAGGGUUAACAGACUCUGCCAAGAUGCACUCAGUCGAGCCAGUAAGCUUAAGUACCAAGACCAAAAAUCAAUAUAACAGGGGUGAUGAAGAAUUCAAGAAUGCUGCAGGUGAUGCAAGCGAAAUCUGUAUGGGAGACCAGCAACAUACCCAGCGCUAUCUCCAAGAUCUCGAAAACCACAAUACCAAAAUCAUUGCCAACUGCAAUGCUGGGGAAGGUAAUGGUAGUCAUUUGGCUUAUGUGAUUGGGGAUCAGUGCUCAAGGACAACACCAGGCCUCCAUGAGCCUUUUGUACAAGGAAGGAAAGUCAAACCUCGUCCCCAUCAUUUACCAGCAACAUCCACAUCAGCAUCACCUGUACCUGUACUGUCUCCAGCAAACACCCCAGUUUCUGUAGGCGAUGUGAGUCCUGCUUGUCCUCCCAUUGUAGCAUUAACUCAGUUGACUGUGCCACGUGUUGCACCUCCUGCUACUGCAGCAGCAGCAGCGGGUGGUGCAGGAGCAAAUGGGGAUUCAUCUAAUCGAAACUCCCGAAAACCUUCUCGCCCAGAAGAAAGAACUACCUGUCACAGCUACCGGUGAGGAAGAAGACCAGUACCAUAUACAGUAUGUGGAGGUAAUAUCCCCGUUGGUAUAGCUGUUGCGCGGCAGCGCCAGGAACCAAGACCACCAGAAGAGCCCUUAGGACAACUCCAAAAUGGGGCAGCAACGUCACAAGUAAAUACAAUACCUGCCCACUGGCCAUUGCCCCCUACACCAUGCACUCCAGGAAUUCCAUCAACACCUUUUUGGCUCUCUCAGAGCCAGUUUGCCGGUGUAGGUGUGGAUACCAGUGUAGGCGCUGGCAUGGGUUUAGGCUACCAGUUUGUUCGGGACCAUCUAAGUGGCCAUUACUACGUACUGCCGCACCCGCACGCAAUACCAGAUCCUGGUGGACAUAGUUUGGUAUGGGCAGGAUAUGGUGGUGUAGCUGCAGCUCCUCCUGUGGUUAUGCCACAACAGAUCCUUGCAUUACCCGAUUAUCAUCGCAACUUUCACCCUGCUCUAGUCCAUGUCCCUCAUCCCCAUGCUCCCGUCCAUAGCCCUACACCUGCCUCCAUUAAGCGAGAGGAUCCCCCAACUCCUGUGACACCAGAGGAAGAUCCAAAGAGUCAAUCCAUUAAUGUGUCACUCUCAACUCAAGGACCUGCACCACCGGGAACUGAAAUGAAUUUAUCAUCUCCUAUACCAGCAGGACUUCGUCAUCUUCCACCACCAUUCCUUUAUCCACCUGCUUCUACCUUGCCAUAUUACUUGCCACAGUCACCUCAUGGGCCUCCUCCAUUUUCUCUUCCACCUUAUUCACUUCCACCUACUUCAACCAUGGGCAGCUCAGGCCUUACAUCAUCUUUACCUAAUUCUCUCACCACAACCCUCACAGAUACUCUAACUCCUCAAGGUAAUAUUACCACUACUUAUUCUGUGUUGCCAGCAGCUCCUGUCACUAGUGUUGCCAAAGGCAGUGGUUUAGAACACUGUGCAUCGAAAGGAUGCGAAUCUCUGGUUGCCACAGCUUCACCUGCACCUCGGUCAGAUUCUAGUGAACCAAUUAAUGUCACAUCUCAUUCUGAGGAAGAACCUGAUGUUGAGUCUCCAGUGUCUAAAGCUCAGCCCCCGUUCACGUCUCUUAGUUUACCUAUUCCAUUUAAAAUAAAACAGGAAAUAAAAGAAGAGAUCCCCUCUCCAGUUGGGUCAGGAAAAGACACGCCAUGUUCUUUAGGCAUUACUGACCCAAAUGAAAAUCAUAUCCCAUCAAAUCAUAUGGUAGCAAUCAAGAAAGAGGCUUUUAUUGGUUGUGAAGAUGAACCUGGUAGUGAUACGCAGUCACAUAAUGGAACAGUAUUUGUAAGUCACAUAAACCAGCCAUGUCCUCAGUCUAUAGCAGGUGGUUGUACCACAUUUGUUAGUCCUAGAUUCUCUGAUGCUGAUCUUCCACUUAACCCAGCUUCCCUUCCUCACUCUGUCCAUGCUUCAGUUGUAUGCCAGGAAUCCCAAACAAUACCUGAUACAGAAUCCCAAGCACUUGAUUUUUCCAUGACUCAGAGAGGUACUUGUGAAGCUGCAGCACCACUCCAUCUUGAAAGUGAGCAUGUUGUUAGUAAUGAACCUCAAAGACUGGUCUCUCUAGGCCCCUGUGAUAGGAUUCCCAGUGAAACACAUUCUUCUACAAACCUUGAAUCUUCAUCUACAGUCACAACCAGUUCCAAAGCUUUAAUUGUUAAUGAUUCUUCUAAUGGUAGUACUUUUUCUGAUUCCAAACCAUCAACUGUAGUCCAUCCAGUACCACAACGUUUACCAAACGGGGAUGAGGUAGAGUGUGGAUUAUCAGAUGAAAGUUCCUGUGUAAUGAGAAGUCAAGAUGAAGCUGUACCUUUGACAGAGGGUGAUUCCCAGAGGGUUCACCAAUCAUCUUACCUUGAUUUGAGUGGUUUAGAGUUAUUGUCUCAAAGUGUUUUACAGCAUGCAAAUCGCUUGUCAUCAGUAUCUCCAGAGCAUACAUCUGUAGAGAGCUCUUCAAUAUACAGAGAAACUGCUACAGCUGAUUGUGCCUCACAGACUAAAGAUUCCACUGAAGAGUGCAUUUCAUAUCCAAGCAAAAGACUCUCCACUGAGGAAGAGCCAUCUUCACCAGAGAAGCUACCCACAGAUACCUGUAGCUCAGAUGAAACCUCCCAUGAAUGUUGCAUUCAGACAGAGCAAAGUGAAACUGAAUCAGAAAAUGGUGAAAGUGUACAUGAGAAGUAUGAAAACUUUAUGUAUAAAGACAAAGAAUGCUUAGAAAAUUCCUCUUCAGCGAGCAUAAGUGAGAGGAAGGACACAAGAGACAGAAUGCCAGAGCUCGUCCAAGCUUGUCUCAGCGAACUCCCAUGUAGUCCCACUUCAUCCAGAUCUCCAUCACGUGAAAGAGAUUCUGCUGAUGCUGCUCCUGCAUCCUCAGCAGAAUUUGAAGAAUCUCCUGCUGCUACAUCUAUGCCCGAUCGAAUAAGUGGCCUUCAUGGCCUUAGCCUUUUGUGUGCCUUAGCAGAGCAACGCAUCAUGGAAGAGGAACAUGUGGCAUGCCCUGCACUUUCUUCUCUGGCUGAUGUAGCAGCUACUUCUCCAAGUGUUCCCACACAUCAACCAAUACGUUCUCCUUCUCCCCAGCCAGGGCCUAGUUUCAUACCUAGACCAGUAUGUGCUAGACCAUUUGGUAGUAUAAAUAACAAUGCUGUUUUUGGUACCACAACAUUUGGUACUAUUCCCAGUUCUUUUACAAACUCAUAUACAACUCCUGUAAAGUCUACAGAUGUAAACAGAAAUUAUAAGAGUCCAGAAUCUGAACGUGAUGCAAAAGCAUUCAUUGCAAAUAAAGCAUCACAGUAUCAGAAAGAUGCCAUUGAAAGUUUUAAAAGCCCAUCUGGAUUUCCUGUAGAUUCCAUGGAUGAAACUGAACUUGAUAUGCGCAUGCAGUUAGCUGAACUCCAACGAAAGUAUCGAGAGACACAACGUGAAUUAUCUCGUCUUCCACCUAAAAAACUUGCAUCAAGCCCUACUAAAAGAGGUCCUGGUCGGCCUCCAAAAAGGAAAAUUAUCAAUAAUGAUGUAGUAGGUAAGAAGAAAGUUGGCAGACCUCCUUCCAAGAGAAAAUCACCUCAAAAAGAAUUAUCACCACCAGUUCUAGAACGUGUCACAGACUUGGAGAUUAAAGAUAUAUCAAAAGACAAUGAUGAUGACAAAGAAGAGAAUCGAAGCACUAGUAGAUCUAUUCUGAAACCACCUGUUCUUACUGCAACCUUUACAAACCAGAAAGUUUCAGAUGAAAAUAACACCUCUUCUUCACCCAAGACUAUUGAAACACAAGUUUCCACUGAAAAAGAAGAGUCCAGUGAUGAUGAUGCUGUCAAGUUUAAAACUAGACGUUGGUCUGUAUCCUCUGAAGAUACUGCUCCACCUUCUCUUGGAUCACCAUUUAAAUUACCUGUAUCUACCCCUGAAACUAGACAAGAAGAAAGUGAAGAAGAGCCAAGUAAAGAUGCCCCCACAGAUAAUGCCACCCAAGACUUGAAAGUGUUAAAUAUAGAAACCUCAGUGGAAUCGUCUCCCUCAGAUUUAGAGCAACAGUCCACGUCAUCUUCAGCUUCUAAGAAACGGAAGCCAGGCCGCCCUAAAAAACAUUCACCCACAAAGGAGGAUGCAACAGAGACUAUAGUGGCCAAGAAACCAAAAACUUUGAAUUUCCUCCUUCAUCGACCAUUACUUUCAAAUAAAUCAAAGAUGCGACCAAAGUUGAAAGCUGAAGUGAAGGUACGUGAAGAGGAGGAGGAGGACAAUGCUCCACGACCACACUAUACGAUUUCGUCUAAUGCUGACCCAUCAUCCCAGAACUUAUCAGAGGAAGAAGAAGAUCAUAAACCAAAUGUUCGUCUGGGGUCUGUUGAUAUUGUGCGGGGUGCACGGAAGCGAGGGUGCCCUCGAGGACGUGCGUCACUGACUAGAAGAGCCAUGCUCAGAGACAAAGAAAAACGAAAGUCAGCUGCUGAAAAACAGUCCCACAUGGAAGCUCUUUAUAGAUCACUGAAGAGGCAUUCUACAGUGGCUGCUGCAGAGCAUGAUGAAUCAGAAGAUGAGAAAGAUAAAGAAGAAAAAGAAACACAGGAACCCAUUGUUAGAAAUUUAAGUGGGGUACCAGAUUCCUCUGGCAGUGACCAUGAGGCUAGUCACAAACCUGCAGAAGGAUCACCCAUUUCUUCAUCUGGUGGUUCAUUGAGCACUGUCACAACUACUGUUACAACAACUAUGAUGACUGCAUCGACUGUUACCAUGACAACCACUACUUCGUCAAUUGAAGCCCCAAGGCCCACAAUGCAGACACCAGAGCCCAGUGUAUGUGUGAUUGAAAUGGGAGACCUUGUUGAUAAGGCAAGAGUGCUGGUGCUACAGGAUGGCCUGCUUUAUGCAGGUCAUGUAGUGCCAAUCACACCUCCUGAUGUCUAUGGAGUAGUGAUUGAUGGGGAAAGAGGAUCUCGACCACACAUAUAUUGCCGGGAGGAGUUGCUCCAACAGUCUUGGAAAGAAGUGAAACCAGGUUCAUCAAGAUUUUUGGUUGAAGGUACUCGUGUUUGUGCUUUUUGGUCACAGCAGUAUCGAGCCCUUUAUCCAGGUUGUAUUGCUGCAUCAUCCUCUCCAGCUCAUGAAGCUAAUCAUAACUUUGUUAAUGUGGAAUUUGAUGAUGGUGAUUCUGGAAAGAUUCAUGUGGAUGACAUAAGACUUCUGCCAGCAGAUUUUCCUGUCAUAGAACAUGAUCCCAAUCCAUUGAUGACCUUAAACAAGAGAAAGAGGAGACCAACUGGAGACAGCCAUUCCUCAGAUGUGAAAGAGGACAUCCAGAAGACCAAGCAGAAGAAGGUUCGAACAUAUUCCGGAACCAGUGUUGAUAGUGAAGGUAAAUUGAAUGACCAAGAUGAUGAAAACCAUGAAGUAGAAAAGGAAAACAAAAGUAGCACUGUUAACAUAGAAAAGAAUGUGAAGGAAAGUCAAGGAAAGGUACAAAAUAAGAAGAAUGACAAAAAGAAGCAUAAAAAGCACAAGCAUACUGAUUCCUCACACCACCAUCGCCACAAACAUAAGAAUAAGCAUAAGCACAAGCAUCACGAAGGAGACCGACCAUUGCCUCAUGUUGAACCAGGAGUCAAUGAGCUCACUAUGAGGAUUAAGUCACCUCCUCCACCACUGAGUGAGAGUCAGAGGCAGAGGCAGGCAUCAUUCCUCAAAGAAUCAGACUCAGAAGACGAGACUUCAUCUAAAAGUCCAUCUGACGAAGAAUCAGAAGGAAAUGAUUCUGAAUACACGCCAUCUAAAAAAGAAGUGGUGAAAGGUCCAGGACGCAAAAAGAAAAGACACCCAUCCGGGAAGUCAAAGAUUGCUCCAUUCCUGCCUGAGAGACAGUUGUGGAGAUGGUCUGGCAAAGGCUUCAAAAGACCAGGAGCUAAAGGAAAGGGAAAGAAGGAAUUUUUCAAGGCCAUUGUUCGAGGAAAAGAGAAGAUAUGUGUUGAAGAUUGUGCUGUGUUUUUAUCUGCUGGUCAGCCAGACCGUCCAUACAUUGGAAAAAUAGAGCACAUGUGGGAAUCAUGGGGUGGAAACAUGGUUGUGAAGGUCAAAUGGUUUUAUCAUCCUCAAGAGACUAAAGGACUUGGUCGUAGGCUAACUGAACCAAAGGGGGCCUUGUUCCAGUCUCCACAUACUGAUGAAAAUGAUGUUCAAACCAUCAGUCACAAGUGUGAUGUCAUUGCACUAUCGGAUUACAAAAUUAGGCGUGGAGAGCUGGAAAGUCGAUAUGGACCCAACUAUGAAAAUUGUGAUGUUUAUUAUUUAGCUGGUUCAUAUGAUCCAAUAAGUGGACACAUUACAAUGGAACCUGGCGUAUCGUGAGGAUUCUGUGGCUGUUUAUGUUGGUGGAUGGUAGAAAUUCACCUUGCUGGGGUUUCAGUCGUUAGUUCUAUCUAUAAACAAAUAUAUGUGGGCUAAAGAUACAUGUUUGUGCUACCAAACCUUCUUUCCACUGGAAAUGAGCUUCACAAUAGUAUCUAAUGCUUAUUAUUCAAUGGUCUGUAAACUCAAGGAAAAUAGUGAACUGGACCUUAUGAGCCUUAAUAAUACUCUUUAGUUGUCUUUGAGUUAUUUAUAAAAAGCAAAGACAUUAAAGAGAAGGCAAGCAAACUUCAGCAGAGUGAAGAGCUUUUAUGGUUUAAGAUUUGAUUACAGAAUUUAUUUUUAUUGAAUAUAUAAUAAGUUUAGAGUUUGAAAAUGCGAUAUAAAUUAAAUUUCUCAGACAUGCACAAUUAAGCCAGUUAACAAAAGCUGUUGGCCACAUUAGUUGCAUGAUACAAGACAUUAUUGUUUGAUUGAUAGAUAUGUCUUAACAUAUAUGAAAAUAUUCUCAAAUGUUUACUGUAAACAGAGAUGAAUACCAUAUAUUCAAAGUAGAAUGUCAAACAUAACUAUACUCUUGUUUGAAUGUUGUAGGCAUGACAGAAUUGUUAGGCCUUUAUACUUUGUUUGAAAGUGUGAUAAGACUGAUACCGUACAUGCAGUAUGAUGUAGAAAAUGAAAAAAUUGGCUUAUUUUUCCCUCAGCUAGUGCAAACUUCAUGCUCAUGUAGAGUUACUGAAAGGUUUUACAAAAUCUGAUAUUUGACUAUAAGACACUUGCUUAUGGACAAUCACCAGAAGUUGCAAAAUCACUUAAGAAACGUCUCUGCCUUUAUUUGUUAUUACAUUAAAAACAGAGUGAUUGAUUAGAGGUGAUGUUCAUCUCCCAAAAUUUUGCCUUUUUCUCACAACACCUUUUAGAUUAUAAGGAUUUUUAUCAUAUACAUGAGUACCUGCAAAUAUUUAGAUAUUUUGUGUGAAUCAUUAUAUCUAAAUGAAUAGAUAUAUAAAUAUAAAUAUAUAUAUAUAUAUAUGGUUUUAAUACUUUAUAAUUAGAACCACUGCUAGUGUUAAAAGCUUAUUUUUGUGUCAUGCAAUUGUGUCGUGUGUGACACUAAGAGUGAUAAUGACCAAUGACAAAUAUUUUGUCAUGUAGGAGUAAGUAGAGUCUUCAAGAUCCUUUUAUAUCCAAUCUUUUGAAAGAUGUUUUGCUUGGUUUAAAACUUUUUGUUAUGUGUCACUGAAUUAUGGUGUUUUACCUACAUGUUAAUUUGGUUCUAACAAUCAUAAUACAUGUUUUAACUACCAUUUCAUAGAUACCAGUACAUUAUAUUCUUGGGAUUAUCAUUCUUGUCAUAAAUGAAGGCUCAAGAAUUGAAUAUAAAGUAGAUCACAUGGUUGUAUAUUUUACUUAUGCCACAUUGUGACAUGCUAUUGAGCUCAUACUUGAAUGAUCUGUUAUAUAUCCCAUCAAAAGACAUUGAAAAACUAUUCAAUGUUUCUGUGGAUCUCAUACAAUAUAUACAAAUAUAUAGUAAAUGUAGGACUCUUAACAACUUCGGAUUAUCCCAUUAUAUGUCCAUAAGAUCCAAAGUCUGCAACAACAGUAGAGCUAGAGCAAAUUUCACAUUGUAAGUGCUUCAGGAGCAGUGUCAAUAAAUGUACUUCAAGAACUCCAUUUCCAAUCUUAAUCAAUUUUUUGUCCUUGAAACUUUGUGUUUUCAAGGGAAGGUUUUCUGUACGUAUGUUUUUUACAUUUUAUUUCCCAUUUUAAAUCUUUCCUACAUGUUCUACAGUUCUAGCAUGAUAGUUUAAUAGUUUUCUAAUGUUGUUUAAGAAUUUGGAUCUGUCUAUGGUUUAGUGUGCAACUUCACAAAAUGACAUGUUACCACAAUGCAUACUUAUAUAAUAAUAAAGGAAGGAUCUUGUAAACUGAAAUAACAAAUCAAAUAGAUUAAAAUUUAGAUGAAGAUUGUCAUGAUAUAGCACUACAAUAAAAUAAAUGUCCUGACUGUACAGAUAAUAAUGGUUCAAAAAGGUUACACUGUUCAGUUAUUAUAAUUAGUUUUUUCCACCACAGGAAUUCCAUGACAAGGUUGUAAAAAUUUUCCAUUUGGAAAUAUGGUUCAGUGUCACCUAUAUUAUUAUUAAUACAUAUUCUUUUUAAUUCUCAUAAUUAUUUGCGCUUUUAAUUUGACUUUUUCAUGUUCUGUUUUCUUCAAAGUACAUUUUUUUCUGUUUAUGCCUACACUCCUUGUUGAAGACAUGUAGGUAUGAGAUAAGAAAUUUGUAUAAAAAGAUACUAAUAACUCUUGAGUAUUUUAGUCUGAAAUUUAUUUGGAAUCAAUUGAAAAUUGUUUUGGGACUGUUUCAUUUGAAGAUGUAUCCUGGUUUUGAAAGGUAUUGUAAGGUAUUGCAGUUUUAUCAGAGAAAAUCCUUUGAUUAAUUUUCACUUAUCAAUCCAAUAGCUUUUACUUUGCCUGUUAACUUUUAUCAUGAAUGUGAUAGAAUGGACGAAUACGUCAAAAGUAGAAGCUUGUUCCCUAAAAACUUUUAAGUGAAACAAUUACUGCUCUAUUGUAAAUGAAGUUUUGCUUUAUAUCCUCAACAAAAAAACUAGUUUUUCAGUUCAUGAGCUGGCACCACCAGUACCAAUAUACAGUUGACAGCGGUCAAAUUUUCUAUACCUGUAUUGCUCUGUAGGCUCUCGCAGGGGUUUCUAAAUAAUAACCUCUGAAGUUAUUGUUCUUUCAGUUUGUUUCUUGGCUUUCUGAUGUGAAAAUACAAACCAAUGCUUUACAAUACUUCAUUCUGCCAGUCUAAGCAGUUACAGCCCUGAUUUACAAACUAGUCAUUAGUGAUGGACAGCUAGGUGGCCGAGUCUUAUUCUAUAUUGGAGAUCUAUCCCUCUCAUUAACUUGUCAUUUUACUGCAUGGUCUGAAUGCAUAUGGAUGUAUCAACUACUUUUUGAUAGUUCUUUUGGCUUUUACACCUUUAUUUUCAUCGUCUAUCAAUUUUUAUUUCAAGUGGAUUAUCGAAUUUGGUUUAUAUUCCAUUUGAGGGAGUUUUUAUUCUAGACAUUUCCCUACACCAAAACACACUUGAGAACAUUAUCAUCCCUCUUAAAGCUUGCAUGGCUGAUCUUGAAGUAGAAGCUUUUAUUGGUGUGUGAAUACUUCAGUAUGUUUGCAUUAUUUCUUUUUUUUUACUGAAGUCACAAUCGCUUAAUGUCUCCAAAGUGAUGAUCGCUUAAAUACUCAAUUUGAAAUACCAGUUGAUAUCAGGACAUAAUGAGAUGAGCGAUCCUAAAAUUAUUAUACUAGACAACCUCAGUAGACAACCUCAGUAGGGUCAGCAGAUCUAAUUAAAGUAUCUUUAGACCAUUGCUAAACUGAUUAUGAUUCCAACUAAUGAGUAGUGUGCUUUUUUAUGCUGAAUGUCUCAAAAAUUCAGUUGUUUCCCUCUUGCAUAAAUAUUCAUUGUGAAGCAGUGAUCUGUACUAUUGUACGUAUAAGGGCAUGUUUUAAGAACAUUGAUUUUCACACACAAAGCAACCAACAAGGCUGUUGUCUACAUGCAUUUGCUGUUUAGAUGCAAGUAUAAAAUGGAGAGCUGGCAAGUGAGAAGUAUAGCCUGCCUCUUAAUUUGUAAUGCCCUAGCUCCCGACAUAAAUCAUUAUUAACAACUUGUAAUUCCAAACUUUUUGUUGUGUAACUGCAUAGACUGAUGAAGUAAAGCAUUAGAAAGCCACAGCUUUUAAUAAUGAAAUUUAUAAAUUGUAAGAUUUUUUCAAUGUCAAGAAAUAAGGAAUUGGAACAAUACAGUUUACAAAAAAUUGUAAAGUGAAAGAACUAUACCAUCUUAAGAUUCAGUAAAAUUUGCAUAUGCACCAAGGACAGUUUUUAUGGAUGAAUGGAUGGAAAUCAAGUGUUUGUGUGCUGUACACUUGUAUGAGAAAUGAUUCUGGAAUUAAUGUUUCUGUUAAUUACUUUAUGAAGAGUUGGUAGUUUGUUGCACUACCUUAUUUUCAGUACAGUGAACUAAUGUUGUGGGAAAAUACUUGUGUUUUUACUUACUAGGUCAAACACAAGCAUUUUUCCACAAGUAUUUUGGAUAGCUAUUGAUUUUGCAUUUUAUGUUUAUGGAGGAGGUCACUUUUUUAUCAUUAUUGUAGAACAUUGUAGAGUUGUGUUGUACAGUAUUUUACUUUGUACCAUUGACUUUUGAAGGCUCAAGGUUACAUGAUUUUUAAUUUCUUUUUGAAUGGGCUUAAUUUUAUCAAUUAAGACAUUAUUUGGUUUGGUCUCCUUGAAAUGUUUUGUGUUGUAAAUUAAUUACCAAAGUUGUAAUAAGUAUUCUUGUUUUGUAAUUGAAGAAUACGAUGGUGCUUGUUUGUGUUUAAGCAACACAAAAUUUUUGCAUUCAGUUAUAAAAAUUUCAUAUAGAAAUACCAAUAAGGUAUUCCCAUUAUUAUUAUUGUGUGUCAUAGUAAAAACUUCAUCUACCUAAUAAAAAACAUUAGUUAUUGUCAUAUCCACAGGCUAAAAUAUGUAAAUUGAGGAUAAGUGCAUUUAAGGUGCAGAGUACUUAGCAGUUCUUGAAUGUUAAUCACAAGCAUUUUGAGAUUUAAAUUUGUAGAUUCAAUAUAUAUUGCACUGAACAGUAUUCAAAAGUUUCAUGGGGUUACCAUUAUGAAUGAGAGCCCAAGAUUGGUUAUUAGAUCUGUUCCAGGAAAAAAAGAUUGUGCCAAAUCCACGUUAAAAACUUAAUUGCAGUACUUUACAUUAUGUUAGCCUAUAAUAAGCCCUAUAGCCAAUAAUUUCUAGGCUGAUCUUAUGUUUAUUAUACAGUGAUGAUGAGGUUUUCUUCUUUGUUAUGUAAAUAGGCUUUUAUUGGAAAGAAUUAUUUCUCCAAGUACUUACUGUUUUUAAAUUGAUCAUUACAUUUAGAUUUACAAGUCUGCAAAAUUUAGCAAAUUUUGAAGCAAUUACUUAAUGGGCAUCAUUAACACUGAGCAGGAUACAGUGCUACCCAUUGUCCAGUGAGCAAAACUGAAACUAUUUUCAGUACUGUGAUUAGAUUUAGGUUUAGUAUUGCAGUUUCAGAAUUGGAUUGAAAACCUAAUGGUGACAAUCAUAUGCUCAAGUCUAGUCCAAAAUUUCCUUAUACGGAAAGUUGAAAUCUAUUUUUCAUGUGUAAAAAUAAAUGUGGGAAAUUGAUGUUUGACAGUAAAUUUGAGUCUCCUGUAUCCCAUUGAAUUGCACCACACUUCAUUGUUUGCUAGUAUCUAUAUAUAUAUAUAUAAAACAUAAGCCUUUUGUUUUGUCUUUUUUUGUUAUUGUCUUGUGUACGAUCAGUGAAAUGGGUGAAUCUUCUUGAACACUAAAGUUCAAAUUUUAUUGGUUUAAUCAUAAAGUUUCCACAUUCCAUUUGUUUAGCUAGUGUUCUAUAGAAAUACAUAAGGGAAUCAGAAAUUUGUAAAGAUAUAUUUCUCCCCAAUUUUGUGAAAGCCGCAGUGAAACUGCAUUACAAAUUCUAAAAUCUCCAGUAAAUAAUUCAUAACAGUUCUUAAGAUUGAAACAAUGCAAGAAUUUACAGUUAUAUGAUAUUUUACUUUUCAUAUUUUAUUCAUAACUUGCAGUAUUGUUUUAUCAAGAUUGGAAAGUUCAUUCUUUAUUUCAAGCAUAAGGAGGUUUCUUAGUACAAAUAGUUCCUGUUACAUAGUUCUAUAACUGUUAACAAAUAUUAUAACCGUAGAAUCUACUAGCUUAAAAUUCCCAGAAAGCCUUGCAAAAUAUGAACAAAGCCUUAUAUUAGGUCAAUUACUUCUCUAAAAAAUUUGUGAUACUUGUGUAUGUAAAUAUAUUUUGUGAGAGUAAGUUACACCUGUGUUAACUUUUGUUUCCUAGAAGGUUCUACAGACUAUUGUUUUGCCAGUAAAUAGUAAAUAUUUGCAUCAAAUUUGCUGAUGAUGCCAAGAAAAUGGAUUGACGAUUCUCUGAAGCCAUGUUAUAUGAAGUGUGUAAACUUGUACAUAAAAUAUAUAUUUCAAGCAUAA